AUGAAUUACCUCACCGUGCCCGCCAUGUCCUCUGUGCCUCAGAUGGAGAAAAUGCUGACCCAGGAGCAGGGCCAAGCCCAGGGUCCAGGCGCCGGAGUGCCUGGGACUUCCAGCUUUGGGCCUGGGCAGUUACCCUCACCCCACCCACAGUAUUCCACGGUCCUGGCCGUCAGCCCCAUGUCGCCCUUCAUGAAAGGGUCCAGGAGAUACAGCAGCAGGAGCAGCAGAGGCAGCAAGAGGUCAAGGCAAGGAUCCAAAGCCGUAAACACAGGACCGAGAGCCAAAACUACUCAGGCCCUUGUUGCAGGGGACAACCUCAUGCGGUCUGAGAAACUGGGUGAGGGGAAUAGCUGCCUCCGCUGCCCUCACCCUCAAACGAUUCUUCCUCCCUCUCUAACUCUAGCAAAGCAGGGCCGCCAUCGUCACAAGAGGAAGCACAGACGAAUGACGCUGAGAGAGAUGGUGGCGUAUGCCUGGCAGAAGAUCCACCCAAAACUCGUCUUGCUGCAUAAGAUCAUCUACGACUUGACUCAGUCUUUCAUCUUUGACUUCCUAAUCUGCUCUGUGGUUGCUAUCAAUACCAUAUUGCUAGUGGCUCAAACGUUUGCGGUGGUUGAAAUUCGGGGAGAAUGGUUCUUUGCUGCCAUGGAUCCUGCCUUCCUUUCUAUCUACGUGUUCGAGGCCGUCCUCAAGCUCAUUGCGUUGGGCUUCGACUAUUUCCGCGACCCGUGGAAUGACAUUGAUUUCUUCAUUAUGUGCAUCACGGUGGUGGAUUUUAUACUUCCCUUGCUCCUCACCACCAGAAUGACCAAAGGCGGCAACUCACUCAACAUCUUCCGGGUCCUCAAAAUCUGCAAGGCCGUCCGUGCUAUCCGUGCCAUUCGCUUCCUGCUCACCUUCCGAGUGAUGGAGAACCUCCAGGACGUCGCAAGCACUUUUAUGCUUUCCUCCCAGGCCAUCGGAGCCAUUAUUCUGCUCAUGUUCUCUUUCCUCUUCAUGUCUUCCGUGGUGCUGCGUGACAUGUUCAAUGAAGCUGACGAAAAACACUUCGGAGACCUCUUCAACACCAUCUUCACACUUUUCCAGCUCUUCACUUUGGAUGACUGGUCCCUCAUCUACCUUAAAUGUCAAGAAGCAGGUUCCUGGUACAUCAUCAUCUUCCUGAUCAUCUACAUCCUUGUGGAGUACUUCUUGCUUCUCAACUUGGUGAUUGCGGUCCUGGUCGACAACUUCCAGAUGGCUUUGGUGAAGCGUCAAGAGCUCAAGAGGCAAAAGAAGUCGGUCGAACUGAAGGAGAGCAGUGUGGCAGAGGAUGCUUUUGCCAAAGUAGCAGAUAAGCCCCAAGCAAAAGAGGAAAAGGAGGAGGAAUUAUUCAGACGGACAGUCAUGGGAAAAUAUGGCAGCCUCGAGUUGAUGGACAGAGAGUGGGAAUAUCUCUACUUCUACUUCCGACUAAUGACAGCAAUUGAGACAAACCAGCAGCAGUUCCAGUCUCAGGCGUACACCACUGACAAGAUCUUAGACACUUUCUUUGAGAACGAGGCAUCCCUGUCCUCUGAUUGGCCGCUCCUCUAUACUCGCCGCGGCUUGCGUCCUCUCAAAGCUUCCUCAUUGGGCACGCACCGUUCUGUCGUAGCUGCCGCUGAUUGGGCGCGAGGCGCCGCCGCCGCAGCGCGUACGGUGGCCGCGCGGUCUCCGUUGGGAACUCUGCGUUGUGUGCGCUCGGCGGAGUUCGCUUGA